AUGACCACAGCCAAGGUGAAUCCACAUCGACCUUAUUAUACACCAGGACUCCACCAUCACAACUAUACCUCUUUACCUUCCAAUGAUUCCAUUCCACUGCUAUUGCUAGACGAGCCCGACCAUGCUCAAUUCAAGAGCCUAACUACUCGAUGCACUAGUUUUGCCCUUUUGAAAUACUUUGUUACCAUGUUGACAAGUCCAUUUGAAGUGGGCACCACUCUUUUGCAAGUGCAAUACUCACCUCAUCAAGAUGUCGAGGUAUUUGGAUUGCCUCAACUGGACUCCAGCUCCAGACUUUCUUCUUCGAUACAUCAGUUUGACGCAGAUAGUGAUUCAGAAGAUGAUGGAUUUUAUCGACGACCAGAAGAUAGAACUUCUAUUGAUACUAUUCGCAUUAGAACAGAUAGUAGUUCACUGUCUUCAGUCAGUGUUUUUGACGAUAAAAGUAGACCUAUUUACCAAAUGGCCCCCAUGGAAGGUGGAGGCGUAUUGGAGAUUCUUAGUUCCAUUGUCAAGCAACCCACAGAAGGAUGGAAAUCACUAUUUAAGGGCCAAAGAGUUACCUGGGUUUACGAGAUGCUUCGUACCUUAUUACGGCCAACGCUAGAAAGCUCGCUUAAUGACCUAUUUGGUUUGUAUGAUGAUACAAUUCCACUUUUGCACCUGGAUAAUGUCACACCCAAUAUCACUACAUUGCUCGCCUCGCAUCUUGUGGUAGGUGUCUUAUUGAGUCCUCUUGAAAUUGUCAGAACAAGAUUAGUAGUUCAAUCGGCAUCGCCACUUUGCAGCAAAUACAAUGGACCUCUUCAUGCUCUCAGAACCAUGUUUUCUGAAGAAGGUGGUAUUCGUGGUGUCUAUCUGUCGAAAAACUUGCUUCCAACGCUCUUUUACCAUUUGAUUACACCACUGAUAUCCUGCAGUACGCCACUAUUAAUCGCUCGUAUUUUACGCAUAUCAGCUGCUGACUCACCUAUCUUAUACGGUGCUGCCGAAUUAACACUGUCUACUGUGGGCUUGUUGAUUUUGCUGCCACUGGAAACCAUCCGCAAGCGAUUGCAUUGUCAAGUGCCUGGUGAUUUCAAAUCCACUGUGGCUAUUCGGCCUCAACCCUACCGUGGUGUGCUGGAUGCACUCUACAAAAUCAUGAAGGAGGAAGGAACUCGUCAUAAGAGAAGCGCGAAACCAACUAAAAACCACAACAACAGCAAUGCUAAACAUUGGAUGGAGGAUCAUGCUUCGUCAGAUAGCGAUGCUGAUCUGUUUCCUCAACGUCAAACAAGCAGCAGUGCCAAAACUGUGACAAGUGCGUGGGGUAUUCGUGGUCUGUAUAGAGGUUUUAGCAUGCAAUUGGCUGCAAAUGUAAUGCUUUUUGUGUUCCAAACUGUCAAUGGGCUAGAUGGUAGAGAGUAG